AUGACAAGUAGAAGAGACAAAUGUGGCAGCAUUCCCCCCAUCUCCUCCACAUUCUUCCCACUCUGCCUCUUAUCCUUCAAAGCCAAAGACAUCCUUCCCCGCUGCCGGAGCCACCCAAUCGCCGCCGAGCCCGAGCCCGAGCCCGACUCUCCCAGGGUCACCUGCAUCGGGCAGGUCAAGAGAACCACCACCCGCGUCAUUGCUCACUCCCACUCCCAUAAUAAUUUUAAGUACGACCACUCCAAGGUACUCAAGUUCAAGAGAUUCUUUUCCGACAGUCGGAGAGUGAAGAAUGGUGGAGGAGGAUUGAAGGAGAUGGACAUUGGGGAGCUGGAUCCGCCCUUGCCGGUGGUCAAGAGGGCGGCGCCGGCCGACGCCAUUUGGAAGAGGAGAUCAAUCAGCGGUAAGACGCCGCCGGAGAUUCAAUUGCCCGCCAGGGUUUAA